AUCACUAGGCACAGAGAGGGAGAGACGUUGUUAUGGAGCAAAGGGAAGCGCAAUAGACGAAAGCAGAAAACGUCGUUAAAAGCAAACAAGCGAGCAAAUACAAAAAAAAAUAAGAAUCACACAGUCGUUUGGGGUAUACUUACACUGUCGGUUUGGAAUAUUCAAGUUGUCGGGUAAAAAGAGAGCCACGCACUUACGCAGGCAUUCACGCACGCACACCUCGAUGGUCUGUAAUUUGACAGCCGCGCGGCUGCUUGAGUUGCUUGUAAACAGAUCCCGACACGUGACCAUGUGAACCGACCUCAUUGUCUGAGAGUGAGAAGGGAGAACGAGCAAGCGAGCGAGAGGAGGGGGGCGCUUUUCAUGUGGAGAAUCAUAAAAAGACAACGUUCCUCUGCGCUAUUGGGUAUCAGGUGGAGUGGGGUGCAAGGACGUGACGCGGAGUGGGAUGGCAGACGCAGAAGAAACGGAGACUGCGGCCGGUCAGGUUGGGCAACGAUGAUUUUGGAAAGGACAAAGAUGGCAGGUUUAUUUGGGAAUGCGUGACAGCGGAUGUGGGAGUUAGGCAGGAAUCGGGUGCUCUUUAUGGUUUUUUUUGCAUCGUUAACUCGCUGCCCAGUAGGAUCUAUUUAUUUAUUUAUUUAUUUUACUGACUCUCUUCGGUCCACUGGGAAGUCAGCGAAAGGCCCCGUGGACGGGCUAGAAAGUGUCCAGGCUUGAAAUAGCGAUGUCAUUCACCAUGGAAGACACUCUGGAGUCUGGCUGGGUUGCCGUGAGACCGAACGUGUUCGAGGACAAGGAAAAGCACAAAUUUGUGUUCAUAGCUGCUUGGAAUGAAGUGGAAGGCAAGUUUGCGAUCACGUGUCACAAUCGCACCGUGCAGAGACAAAGGACCGCAGCGAAGGAGCCCACUGCCGAUGGCACCAGGGCAGCGGACGUCCUAUCUACCAAAGGAGAGACAACCGCGGCAGCACCAGCACCAUCACAACCGAGCUCGGAGUUGAAAAGUUUUAGAAGUCCCGUGAAAGAACGGGCAGAUGGAUGGAAAAAGCCCGGUCAACUGAUCGGUGAGCCGCGGCCCCAGAGCCACGCAGAGACCAGUGCACCGAGUCCUUCUCGUGCUAAAGCUGGCCAGGUUGCUGCAGGCCGGCGAAGGAGUCCAGGCAAACUAGGGGAUAUUGAGAUCUUGGAGCCGGUACCCGGCCACGAUGACUCCGCGACUCCGGAAAAAGAACCGGUCGAGUCGGAGGAACUUGACGGUACAUCUCGAGAAGAGUGUAGCUGGGCCGGGCUCUUCUCAUUCCAAGACUUGAGAAUGAUACACUCGCAGCUCUGCGCUGUGAAUUCGGACCUGGAGCCCUGCCUGCCUCUCUUCCCCGAAGAGCCUUCAGGUAUGUGGACUGUAUUGUUCGGGCCGUCGGAAAUCAGCCACAAAGAGAUGGACACCCUCUGUUACCAGUUACAGGUUUACCUGGGCCAUGCACUGGAUACCUGCGGUUGGAAGAUACUGUCCCAGGUCCUUUUCACAGAGAGCGAUGACCCCGAGGAGUACUAUGAGAGUCUCAGUGAGCUCAGGCAGAAAGGCUACGAGGAAGUGCUACACAGAGCCCGGAAACGUCUUUACGAGCUCCUUGAGAAACACAAGACCACUGAAAGUAUGGUUGAUCUGUUGGAUAUUUAUCAAGUUGAAGAUGAGGCUUAUAAUGCUUUGGUGGAGGCAACAACAGAAUUGUAUCAGUAUCUCUUACAACCAUUCAGAGAUAUGAGAGAAUUGGCUAUGCUAAGGAGACAGCAAAUAAAGAUCUCCAUGGAGAAUGAUUACCUUGGUCCCAGAAGAAUUGAGAGCUUGAAAAAAGAAGAUUCAGACUGGCAAAAAAAAGCACAGAUGGCUGUCCUUUCUAUUCAGGACCUGACAGUCAAAUACUUUGAAAUUACAGCACGAGCUCAAAAAGCUGUAUAUGACCGCAUGAAGGUUGAUCAGAAGAAAUUUGGAAAAGCAGCAUGGGCAGCAGCUGUUGAACGAAUGGAAAAACUUCAAUAUGCUGUGUCUAAAGAGACUCUUCAACUUAUGAGGGCUAAAGAAAUCUGCCUUGAACAGAAGAAACGUGCACUGAAAAAUGAGAUGCAGUCUCUGCAAGGAGGGGAUGAUGCCAUUGCUCAUCUUGAUCAGCUUGAGUCGAAUUAUUACGACUUGCAAUUACAGCUCUAUGAAAUUCAGUUUGAGAUUCUAAAAUGUGAAGAGCUUUUACUAACAGCACAACUUGAGAGCAUCAAGAGGCAAAUUACAGAAUGCCAGGAUGAGGUGGUCUAUUAUGACACAUAUGAGAGUUUGGAUGCAAUGGGAGCCACAGAAGACAUGGUUUCAUCAGUUAAUCAUCAGAAAGAGGAGCUUGUAAAACUGCAGCAAAGAGUACGUCAACUGGAGGCUAGAAGAGGCCGCAUUUCUGCCAAGAAAGCCUACCUCAGGAACAAAAGGGAGAUCUGUAUUGUGAAUCACAAUGAGAAAAUGCAACGACGACAAAUCAGCGAAGAAGACUACACAUCCUGUCAUGCUGUUCAGAUGAGGAAAAAACAGCAACAAGAAGAAGAUGAAAAAAAGAGUUUUUGGGUCAGUCAGGAACGUCAGAAAACACUGGACAGACUUAAGAGUUUUAAGCAGCGUUAUCCUGGUCAAGUCAUAUUAAAAUCAACCAGACUGAGGCUUGCUUCUUCAAGAAGAAAAAGUAGUAGUGUUACUGCUGUCGGCAGUUCAGAUCAGCCACAGUCUCUGGCAGUAAGUGUACAAACUGAGAAUACAGCAGAAGUGAAAGACUCGGCUGAACCAGCAGUUUGUAGAAUAUUGCAAGAAGCUGGAGCAGUGGAGCUUGAAGCCACCUCAUUACCUCCUGAAAGUACCCCAUUCGCAACACCCUCGGAGGUCUGUCUUCCUAUUUCCCUACCUCCAGAUCUUCUGGUGCAUACUUCACCUGCUGCAGCCUGUGAAUCUCUUGUCCCAAACCUUCCUCCUCCUCCUCCUCCCCCACUUCCACCCCCUCCAUGUGAAGAUGUCUCUAAUGUCAGUGACAUGCAGUCAGCAAGUUCAGCAAAAACUGAUGCUUCAGACAACUUUAAACCCCAACCUUCAGCCCAACUCUUUGACAGUAGUCAGCUGGUGAAUGCAAGAAAAAAACUAAAGAAAACUAGUGCAUUGGAAGCAUCACAAAAAAGAAGAGUAAGCUCACCAAUGGAUGAAGUGCUUGCAUCCUUGAAAAGAGGCAGUUUUCACUUACGCAAAGUAGAACAACGUGCCAUUCCACCCUCCCCAGAAGAAGAUGAUAGCAACAAUAUUCUGGCACAGAUCCGCAAAGGUGUUAAACUGAAGAAGGUACAACGUGAAGAGCUAAAAGACUCCUUGGGAGAACUUCCAGAUUCCACAGAUCCACUCACUCGUAGCAUUCAUGAAGCACUGCGGCGAAUUAAAGAGGCAUCGCCAGAGUCAGAAUCUGAAGAUGAAAGCUUGCCAUGCACUGACUGGGAAAACUAAGUACUCGACAGCCAGCUUUAUUUAUGUGUUUUUAGUAAACAUCUGUUUGACAUAUAUUGGGUCUGAAUGAGAGGAUUUAACUUUGUUUUUAUUUUCAUUUCUAAAGGUCAAGUCCUGAUGAUCACUUUCACAAAUUUAUCGUUUGCACAUUUGUAAUCUGUUUAUAUUGUGUAAAUGGGGGGGCCACUAAAAAUAUUGAGAUACUAUAUUCAAAUCAUAAGCCAAAAUGUAAUGGUGACCCAUGUGCACGAGUUCAAUGACUUACAGCAGACAGCGGGUUACUUGAGUUAAACUGUCAAAUCACAGUGUUUUAUUAUAUAUCUGCCUAAGCUUGUUUCACAGUAUUUUUUUCCUUUUACUAGUACAGGAAGUAAAAUAUUUAAUCAUACUGUGCUAGGAAUUGGAAAGACAAUAUUUUCAAAGAUUUUUUUUUAUCCUUUAUUGGCAUUGUUUACUAAAACAAGAGAAAGAACCCUUAAAUUAGGGUUUUAUUGAUACUGUAACUUCAUAGGCAUUUUCCACAAAAUAUGUAUACUUUCGUUAAAUAAUUUUUAGUUGCACUGAUUUAGCUGUGGUUUUCUACUUGAGCUAAAUAUGUAUCCAAGGGACCGGAAAUACUCCUAUCAUUAUAACUGUAGUGGCAAUAGAAACAUUCACUUUAAAUGAUCUCAAAGUCAUAAGAAAAUACAGUAAAAUAAAAUCAAA